AUGGAGAUACAGCACAUGAAGGAGCUCGAAUGGCCCAAACCAAUGCUAACCCCUUCGGGCAAGAGAAAUCAAAGUAAAUACUUCCAUUUUCAUAGAGAUCACGGGCAUGAUACCGAAGAAUGCCUACAGUUAAAGGAAGAAAUUGAGCGCCUGCUGAGACGGGGGCUAUUGGCAAAGUAUGUGAAAAACGAUAAGGGCAGGCAAAGGGUAGAAGGUAUACCCCUACUAAGAGCAGGAGUGAUAAACAUGAUCAUCGGAGGAGUAGCACCGGGCGGCGACUCAAAUUCAGCUAGGAAGAGUUAUGCGCAUUCAGUAGGGGUCUGCUCUAUACAGAAAAAAGAAAGAUUCAACCAGAGUAUAACUUUCGAUAAAGAGGACUUGAUUGGUGUAACUCACCCCCAUGAUGACGCCUUAGUAAUAGUAGGAGAUAUUGCAGAUUUUGACGUGAAGAGGGUGUUAGUCGAUGGAGGGAGUGCGACAAAUGUCCUCACCUGGGAUGCCUUCUUGGGUCUAAAAAUCCCCCAAGAAAGGUUGAAGGUGGUGACUACCCCCCUACAAGGCUUUGGAGGGGCAACAGUGAUACCGGAAGGGACUGUAGAGCUUUCAGUCACGCUUGGGACAUACCCAGCGACAGUGGUGAUCGUGACUAAUUUCUUGGUUGUCAAGACCCCCAUGGCUUACAACGCUAUCUACAACCGGCCAUUUCUAAAUGCAGCUGGCGUGGUCCCAUCGACAUACCAUCAAAUUAUGAAGUUCCCAACCAGCAAGGGGAUCGGAAGCAUGCGAGGAGACCAGCAUGCAUCAAGAAAGUGCUAUGUGGAUAGUAUACAAGCCAAAAGCCCACCAUCAGUCAUGAUGCUGGAUGUAGAACUCCCGAGGGAGCGGAUCUAG